AUGGCUGAGUUUGACUCCCCAGUCCGGUCCGACAUCCCUGCCCGGAAACCUGAUAGCCUCCACGAUCCCCCGUACCGUCCAUAUUGGGCCCGAAGUCCUGUUCAGUACGCGCAAGACCUCCUCGGAUACUCAGAAGACCCAAUCGAGUACGACUACGACGACCGCGACUCCUGGGAUAACUGCUUUUUCUUCCCGGAGGACUGUUCCUUCUCCCCGCCCAAGGACCUGAUCAUCGAGGAUACCUUCGAAGACGACGUCGCAUCCGAGCUGUACGAGGAAGAAGCCAUCAUGAUUCCCGGUCUCCCCGACAUAAAGAUGCUGGAUGCGGAGGCGCUCAGCGACCUCUUAGAGGAUAACCUGUCGCCUCCGGAGAUCACCACCAUCCUAGUAUUCUCCACCAACGGCGCCAUCUUCGCAUACGGUUCCUCCCUCUCCUCCCGACAACUUCGCAACCUCAGCGCAACCUACGGAGCCGCCUACACCUGCUACGCGAAAAAUGCCUCAAGUGGUAACCUCACCGGCGUGAACCCAGCCAGCCACCCAUCAUCAUACGUCACCACCCCGUCCGUCUCCCUCGGUGAUGUCGGGUCCAUCGUGUUUGAGCUGGACGACUUGGUCGCCGUCGUGACAAGAAUAGCGGACAAAGUCCUCCUUGCUGCGGUUGGACCCUCGAAACUUGGCGACGCAGAGGAUGCACCCGUUCUGCAGAACGGUUCUGCGCCACCGGCAGCCGACAACACAGCAGGAUCCGACGCCGCGCACGAUGGUCGGUCGUACGCUAGCGUCGUUGCCGCCAACGGAGGCCGAAGCCACGGCGAGAACGGCUCCGCACAGCUUGAUACCCAGUACGAAAUCGACCGCAGCAGUGACCUCGCUCGUCUUGCGACUCUGAAUCUCUCCUCAUCGCCAGAUAUCCUGCUUGCGCUGGAGUCCAAAUCCGCGGCGUUAGGAAGGUUCCUGGGUCAGAAGCUGGAGGACCUAGAGAGUCCUGAAGAUUUCUAG